GGUUUUUCUCGUGGGAUCACCACGUCUGUAUUUCAGGAUCCUUUCGUAGCGUUUCAUCUCGACAAGGCCCUGGUCAGCAAGUACAUGAGCCCGCUCUUGAUCGGGGAGCUGGCGCCAGAUGAACCCAGCUUUGAGCCCAGCAAGAAUAAAAGGCUGGUCGAAGACUUCCGGGAGCUCCGCGCGGCGGUGGAGAAGAUGGGGCUGCUCAACCCCAACCAGAUGUUUUUCAUGCUGUAUCUCUGUCACAUCCUGCUGCUGGAUGUUGCAGCCUGGCUCAACAUCUGGUAUUUUGGAUCAUCCACAGUGCCUUUCCUCUUCUCUGCGAUGCUUCUAGGCAUCGUCCAGGCCCAGGCUGGCUGGCUUCAGCAUGAUUUUGGACACCUUUCGGUCUUCAGCAGCUCCAGAUGGAACCACUGGGUUCACAAGUUUGUGAUUGGCCACCUGAAGGGAGCACCAGCCAGCUGGUGGAAUCACCUCCACUUCCAACACCACGCGAAGCCCAACUGCUUCCGAAAGGACCCCGAUGUUAACAUGCACCCCUUGUUUUUUGCCUUGGGAAAAACACUUGCUGUGGAGCUUGGUGUGAAGAAGAAGAAAUUCAUGCCUUACAACCACCAGCACAAGUACUUCUUCAUCAUUGGUCCCCCAGCUCUGCUGCCUCUUUACUUCCAGUGGUACAUUUUCUACUUUGUGGUACAACGGAAACAGUGGGCGGACCUGGCCUGGAUGCUGACCUUCUACAUCCGAUUCUUUCUCACCUACUCACCCUUACUGGGGGUGAAAGGUAUCCUGGGCCUUUUUCUGUUAGUCAGGUUCAUUGAGAGUAACUGGUUUGUCUGGGUUACACAAAUGAACCAUAUCCCGAUGAACAUCGAUUAUGAUAAGAAUGUGGACUGGUUCUCUACCCAGCUCCAGGCAACCUGUAAUGUUCAUCACUCCUUAUUCAAUGAUUGGUUUAGUGGACACCUGAACUUCCAGAUUGAACACCACCUGUUCCCCACGAUGCCUCGACACAACUUCUGGAAGGUGGCGCCCCUGGUGAAGUCCCUGUGUGCCAAACAUGGCAUUGAGUACCAGUGCAAGCCCUUGCUCACCGCCUUUGCAGACAUUGUGCACUCUCUGAAAGAUUCGGGGGAGCUCUGGCUUGAUGCUUAUCUCCAUAAAUAAAAAGCAGUGGAUCCUAGCAGAGGAAUUCCCCACC